AUGGCCAGGGCGGAGCCGGGCGAGUGCAAUCUCACACAUCCCCACACGAACGAUCAAACUCCGAUCCGCCCGUCAACCAUCGCUCGGCUGGCCGCCCUCCUCCUCGCCUUCGCCGUCGCCGUCUCCACCACCGCGCUGGCGCAUGGCCGCGACCUCCCGACCCAGAUCAAGCUGACAAAUGGCGGCGGCGUGGUUGGCGGCGACAGGCAGGAGUGCGUGUACACGGUGUACGUGCGGACGGGGUCGAUCUGGAAGGCCGGGACGGACGCCAACAUCACCCUGGAGCUCUACACCGCAGGCAACGCCGACGGCGUGGCCAUCUCGGACCUGCCGUCGUGGGGCGGGCUCAUGUGGCAGGGCCACUCCUACUUCGAGCGCGGCAACCUCGACAUUUUCAGCGGGCGCGGGCCGUGCAUGGCCAGCGCGCCCUGCCGCAUGAGGGUGUCCUCCGACGGCACCGGCCCGCACCACGGCUGGUACUGCAACUACGUCGAGGUCACCGUCACCGUCACCGGCCCGCACCGCGGCCGCGCCCAGCAGCUCUUCACCGUCGAGCAGUGGCUCGCCACCGACGCCGCGCCCUACAAGCUCGAGGCCGUCGUCGACCGCUGCCCCGCCGAUGACGCCGCGUCGGUGUAUGACCGAGUACGCCGGCGUCUUGAUACGUGUCUUAUUGUUUUUCAUCAAAACGAUCUUCCUUCGUGUGUUAUGGUUCGUUAAGCCCCGUGACCAGCGUGCGCCGCGCCGCGGCACGGAGAUGUACUAUUAGAUGAGUUCGUACUGCUGGUGGCGAAAUAAUUGGGACCUGAU